AUGGCGGGCUACCAGGGGGUGCCUGACCGCCUGUGUGUAUUCCGGGGUGCCCUUUCUCUUGAUAUUUCCAACAUCCCCAGCGCCUACGUUGUCAUGAAAUUCAGUCAAAUCCAGUUGAGAGGUGAAAGGAAAGAUCUCUUCAGAAGAGACAGCUUCCAGUUCACGGGCCUUCAGCAGAUCCUCCUCAGAUUAGCCAAGUCAAUAAUGAAGGUCUUCUGUGCGAUGUCUCUCACUGCCAGUCCUAAAACAGAGAUCUACAGGCAACCUCGCAUCGCGCCCGAGCGUCAAGGGCUGCCCGACCACCUGUGUGUAUUCCGGGAUGUCCUUGUUCUUGAUAUUUCCAACAACCCCAGCGCCUACGUUGUCAUAAAAUUCAGUCAAAUCCAGUUUAUAGGUGAAAGGAAAGAUCUCUUCAGACUGAACUAUAAUAAAGUGGGGGAUUCAGGAGUGAAACUGGUGUCUGCGGCUCUGAGGAACCCGGAGUGUAAAAUACAGAGACUGUGGCUGGGGUAUGUCGGUCUCACAGAUUCUGGUGCCGAGGAUCUCAUCUCCGCUCUCAGUACAAACCCAUCACUGACGGAGCUGAACCUGAGUGGUAAUAAACUGGGGGAUUCAGGAGUGAAACUGGUGUCUGCGGCUCUGAGGAACCCGGAGUGUAAAAUACAGAGACUGGGGCUGAGCGGUGUCGGUCUCACAGAUUCUGGUGCCGAGGAUCUCGUCUCCGCUCUCAGUACAAACCCAUCACUGACGGAGCUGGACCUGAGUGGUAAUAAACUGGGGGAUUCAGGAGUGAAACUGGUGUCUGCGGCUCUGAGGAACCCGGAGUGUAAAAUACAGAAACUGUGGCUGGGGGAUGUCGGUCUCACAGAUUCUGGUGCCGAGGAUCUCGUCUCCGCUCUCAGUACAAACCCAUCACUGACGGAUCUGAGCCUGAGUGGUAAUAAACUGGGGGAUUCAGGAGUGAAACUGGUGUCUGCGGCUCUGAGGAACCCGGAGUGUAAAAUACAGAGACUGUGGCUGGGGGAUGUCGGUCUCACAGAUUCUGGUGCCGAGGAUCUCGUCUCCGCUCUCAGUACAAACCCAUCACUGACGGAUCUGAGCCUGAGUGGUAAUAAACUGGGGGAUUCAGGAGUGAAACUGGUGUCUGCGGCUCUGAGGAACCCGGAGUGUAAAAUACAGAGACUGUGGCUGAGGAAUGUCGGUCUCACAGAUUCUGGUGCCGAGGAUCUCGUCUCCGCUCUCAGUACAAACCCAUCACUGACGGAUCUGGACCUGAUAUCAAACUCUCUGACAGACCGAUCUGUCCCCGGUCUCCACCGCCUCAUACUGACCCUCCCGAAUCUGGAGCAGAUCCGGUGA